AUGAUUUCGAGCGCAGCGCGGAUUAUCCUCCGCAAUUCUGCGAGUUGCCGACGGAUUCUCCUCCCGACAAAGAGUCAUGCCAAUGACGCUGCUUCAUUUUCAUCGCGACUCGUCUCGACUACAGCAUGUAAACUUCAUUCGAGGAGCGCGCCAAUCUACAAUCACACUCGGAGACCACUGUUCACGGGUUCCAAGAAGUUCUGUCUGGCGGGAAUCCUAGCUCUCUUCGGCUUAGAAAGACGAGAGAAGGAUGACCCUCUUACCGAUACUCUGAAGCGCGGGGUUCUGGCGCUGCAGCGGAAAGAGUACAACAAGGCAGAGAAGUUCCUUCACAUAGCUCUGAAAAUGAGUCAAGACCUCCUCGACGAGAAAGCAAUCGCCUACUGCUAUGAUUUGAUGGCGAACAUCGCGUAUGAACGGGGCGAUUAUCCUAAAGCUGAGAAACUCUUUGUGGAAACAAUGAAACGAUCCAUCUCGAACGGAGCUCCGAUGGACGACAAUGCUAUCGUGGAAAUGUCAAUGAAGAUCGCCAAUAUGAGCGGACGUCAGGGUGACGACGAGAAGGCUGAGCUAGGUUACAGGUUCUGCAUAGACUCCCAGAGAAAGAAACUCGCGAGCGAGCAAAACGACGCUGGCAACCUCACCAAAGACAAUCAUCUGCUUCUCGGACUUUGCAUGGAUCAAUACGCAAGUUUUUUGCUUGAGCGCGCCCGGUACGAGGAAGCGAAACAGAUGCUGACGGAAGCUCUCGAGAUUUCGCGGAAAUUCCUCGGAGAUGAUCACGGUCAGAACCUGGUCAUUUACAGCAAUUUGGCGCUGGUACACCAGCGUCUCGGAGAUGUACGGAAAGCAGUCAGCAUUUUAGAGGAGAUAACUUCGUUGAAACAAUUCGAAGCAUCCGAGGAUUUUCCCAUAUUCCUCUGCAAUCUUGGCAUGAAUUAUAUCACUCAAAGGAGAUUCACAGAAGCUGAGGAGGUGUUCGAUAGGGCCCAGAGGCUCGCGAAGGCGCUCGGGGACCGGGAAAUUCUCAAAGAGAUUGACGAGUACCUCUCUCUCCUUCGAGAAAAGAAAAAAGAUGCGGCUUGAGUAAUGCGUCAGAAGUCGCUCUCGUUGCGCUCCAGUCGAUUAGCUGAUUGUUUUGAUUGAGCGAAUCUCAAUCGGUGAUCAUCGUAGCUU